AAAAUCUCUGUAUUGAUCUGGGCUUGUCUGGUCGAGGGUGCACGUCUCGGAGCAAUCUAUCUGGCGGGAUGGCUGGUUGGUGGGAAGACUGACUGACUGCCGUGAGUGGUGAAUAUCGGACUUUGUUGCGCGGCCAUCUUAGACUGGCUCUGCUCUCCCAUGCAUCGCUUCUAUAUAUUCCCCCACUGUCAGCCAUGAGUAUCGCAGAUUCCUAGGUACUCGUUGUUUCGUCUACACUCUUUCCAGCGUCAUAGUCUGAUCUCCUUUACCCACCAUGCUAUCCUUCUCUCUGUUUAGGCCUUUGGCAAUGGUAGCUUUCGUGGCUGGCGGUGUGGUUUGCAGCGAGUUCCAUGCUCGCGCUGCGACUGUGGAUGCGGACUUUCAUCUGUAUGCCUACUCGUUGGACUCUACCAGGGGAGAGCUCCAGGGUCUGCCGGUGUUUUAUGGCGAUGGCAAGGCGUAUGCUGGCACGGCGGCACCGGCUGGGGUCUCGGAGACGUAUAAUGUUACUCUCCGCGCAACAACAUCAAACACCACCUUCACCGCAACCCCGGACAACGGCACCCUGCCCUCGCAAGCACACUUCUACAUCGACACCACCACGCCCUCCUCCUUCGGUGACGUCGGCUUCACCAGCAGCAGCACCAACAGCACGCAGAACAUCACCGGUUUCGGCCUGUACGGCGCCUGGGCAUUCCAUGUGGGCAGCGCAGACGAUAUCCAGAUGGACUGGUAUGUCGAGGAGACGGACACGGAGGGCACGUGGGCGAUCAAGUGGAACAAUGUGGGCAGUCCGGUGAGUAGUGGGGUGCCGGUUGCGUUGCGGACGCAGGCGCCGGGUGUGAAGGGGAAGUGAGGGAGGUUAGGUUGUUUGAAAGAAAGGAGAGGGAGAGGAGAGGGCGAGAAGUGUUAGGGGGUGGUGGAUAGGUGGAUGGAUCAGAGGGGGCUGUAAGGUAGUACUGUAUAGGUAGAUGGAAUGGAUGGGAUAAACAAGGAAGAGUACGAGCGCAGGGAAGGUGCCAAGUAUGGAACUGCUGCACUCGUUCCUGCCUUCAU